GGCCAAUCAAACAGCCGUGUGUCUUGAAAAGGAGAGAAUGUGCUGAGAAUGUGCACAAAACUGCUCCGUCCAGGUCUGCAAAAUGAGGUGGCCUACUUUAGCUCUGUGCUGUUUAUUCGUGUGGGCUCUGGCUCAUCUACCAACACCAACCUACGCAACCUCUUCAAAUAUCACCGUUGUAAAUAUUGGGGACAGCGUCACAUUGGAGUGCUCUUUUGGUUCGAGCAGCGUAGCUGUCAUGUUUUACUGGUACAAGCAAAUUUUAGGCCAAAAACCUAUCGUCAUGUCUCGCUUUUACAAACAUGAGAAAAACAGCACUUUUAUUGGCGACUUCCAGAACAAUCCCAGACUUUCUAUCAAAAACGGGAACUUCCAGAAUCACCUCACCAUCUCGGAUUUACGUAUGUCCGACUCUGCGACCUAUUACUGCGUCAGUGGGUAUUCGUACAUGUAUAACUUCGAAGUCAGUGCCAUGGUGGUUGUGAAAAGUGCAGAUUUGACGGUAGAAACGCGAAAGGAUCGACAAGAUGAGUUGCAAGAGACGAUUCAACCGGGAAGUAACGUGAAUCUUCAGUGUUUGGUGAAUUUGACAAACUGCGAUGGACAGCGGAAUGUUUACUGGUUCAGAGCAAGAGAAGACAGACAUGCAGGAGUCCUUUACAGCCACGGAGGAGGAGGGAGCAGAGAUGAUCAGUGCAAGAAAAAUGGAAAAAGUCCAACCAAGUCCUGUGUCUACAACCUGCCCAUACACAACGUGAACUCAGAGCAGACUGGGACCUACUACUGCGCUGUGGUCGCCUGUGGACAAGUCCUGUUCGGGAACGGGACAAACCUGAAAUUGUACGAAACCGAGACUCCGGUGGGGGUGUACGUGCUGAGUGCAGCUUUGGCGUUCACCGUCAUGUUGGCCGUGCUCCUCUGUGUCUCUGCUCUCAGACUGGCCCAUGGACAAGGUACAAGAUCAUCUGACAAAUCAGGGACUCAGCCUUUUCCCGGCGACGUCUUUUAUGCCUCCGUGCAUCCCAAAAGAUCCGGACAUUCCCGAGUGCAGAGGGACGACACCUGGAGUGAGUGUGUGUAUUCUGAGGUGCACCAGUAGAGGGCGCCACAUGAUUCCACCAAACACAGUCUCAGUUUCUCAGUGUUUGUUUUAUGGAAUGAUGAUGAAUGGAAAAUGAACUCUGUUGAAACUGUUAUAACUGUGGCACAAUGAACAGGAAGAGUUCUGUGUGAACAAGUUUAAAAACAUUUUA